AUGUCCAAGUUCCUCACCCCACGAAACGCAGCGAUCUUCGCAGGGGUUGCCGGCGCCGCCGUCUUCUUCUUGCCCAGCGCGAAGAACGCCAAACCGUAUGCGUCGAACAACGGUGUGAACUGAGCUCUUGCGGACUAAUCAGUGAUGACAGUAUCGAGACCUUUGGCACCCAGAACAUCGCAAAUGCCUAUUCAAGAGGUGGUGGCAGCCACACACAUCUCCCCGGAGUAGCAACGCCAAGAGGUACGUCGCGCACUUUCACGAGCAGCGACCGUCUCCACGCCGUUUCUCGCUCGCACCAAACCAAUCUUGCAUUCCAAAGUCCCCAAGUCUAACAGUGUCUGCGUCCAGGUAACGCUGAGCAAACCGCUUCUUCCCAAAUAAACCCCAAAGGCAUCGAUACACCGCACUUCAUCGAAAACGUCGCCGACCAGAAAGCCCACGACCAAGCCGGUGUGAAGAAAAUGCUCAAUAAGUCUGUGUAUGGACAGGAGAAGGGCAAGUAA